AUGAGCGGCUCUGGGGGAUCCAAAGUGCCUACUCAGAAGACAGAUGACACGACUCUAUUUCGUCAUAUGCAUGUUACUGACCAAUCUGCUGAGCAGUUUUUCGCGCGGAAGGACCUUGCUAAACGCCCCGGCUACAAUGCCACUGGCAAAGAGAUCACGGUCGCCGUUAACUCUUACCCUAUCACUCAAUUCCCGACAAAAUCGGUGUACCAAUAUGAUGUACACAUUGGCAAUGGUACAGAAAAGCGGGCCAUAGUUCAGAAAGUGUGGAACUCACGAGCAAGAAAGGCCACAGUUGGAGCGAAAUUCAUUUUUGAUGGGAAUAAGCUGGCAUGGUCUCUCGUUCGGCUGCCCAGCGACGUCAAUGUAAUGGUUGACCUAGACGCCGAGCAGGGCCGAUCUGGGUCAAGAACUCCAAAUAUGUUUCGCUUAGUGGUCCGUCCGACAAAGAAAGUUAACCUGGCUGUUAUCGAGGAAUAUAUUCGUGGGAAUGGUAGUAUGUCAAAGGAAGUGUUGGAAGGGCUGAGUUGUCUCGACCAUAUUUUGCGUGAAACCCCAAGCGGCAAAUUCAUUGCGAUCAAACGCUCCUUCUUUAGCGAGCAAAACCCAAAGGCGUCCGUUGGAGGCGGGGUUUUUGCCUAUAAAGGCAUCUACCAGGCAAUUCGUGUCGUCAACCCCGGCCGACUGGCCCUGAACGUGGAUGUUUCAAACUCAUGCUUUUGGGCGCUCAUUUCUCUGUUGAGUGCAGCAAUUGAAGUCCUGGAGCUUCGAGAUGUCCAGCAGCUUAUUAGCUGGACCAGGCCGGUUGAUGAUGGACAUGGAGGCCGCGCGCCAUCCCCUAAAUUUCAUCAAUUGAGCCGCUUCCAUAAGCUCGCUGUUAAGGCUUCGUACAAGGGCUGCCCUUGCCCGGACAGGGAAUGGGUCAUCAAGGAAUUCCUUCAAGCAAAUGCGAAGGAAUAUACAAUUGACAUGACCGACAGGGCGACUGGUCAAGUUCGUACAAUGAGCAUUUUCGACUACUUCCGCUCACGAUACAACGUUGUUCUUAGCUACUGGGAACUCCCCCUUGUGCAAAUGACCAAGAAGGGAGUGGUUUACCCCAUGGAGGUUUUGGCAAUCCAUCGGCCCCAAAAAUUCCCAUUUAAGCUCAAUGAGCUCCAAACCGCAUCCAUGAUCAAAUUCGCAGUCACUCGUCCAAGCGAACGACGCAGAGCCGUUGAGGAAUCGAAAGCAAAUCUUGCGCACGCUACUGACCAGGUUCUCAUCGACUUUGGUUUGAAGGUUUCCGAGUCCAUGAUGACCACCAAAGCCCGUCUACUCCCUAAUCCGGAGAUACUCUUUGGCGGCAAUCAGCGCGUUAAUCCAGGUACUGCAGGCAGAUGGGAUCUUCGUGGGAAGAAGUUUUACGCUAGAAAUUCAAAGCCAUUAACUUCUUGGGGUGUGGGGGUCUUCCGCAAUCGUCAUGUAAACCAGGCGGACGUUGAAAGAUUCGUUGAUGCCUUUGUCCGCGCAUAUCAAGGCCACGGUGGUGCCAUUGCCAGCCCACGGCCAUUCAUUGGUGAGGUGGAGGCAGAUCCUGCGAAGGCGGCAUAUAGCUUGUUUCAUUCCACAGGGAACAAGUUUAACCAGCGCCCAGAGCUCCUCAUCUUUAUUGUCAUGGAUAAAAAUGCGUUCCACUAUACUAGGGUCAAGAAAUCCUGUGACUGCCGCUUUGGUGUUCCAUCUCAAGUUUUGCAGGCCUCCCAAGUCGCGAAAUGCAACGGGCAGUAUAUUUCAAAUGUCCUUAUGAAGGUCAAUGCGAAACUUGGAGGCACUACUGCUCGGAUUUCAUCGAAGAUUACCAAAGGGCUACCUCCAUACACCAUGAUUAUCGGAGCUGAUAUUUCCCACUCCUCCCCGGGGAGCGUUGCGCCAUCCAUGGCUGCAAUGACAGUUUCUAUGGAUCAAUUUGGUGGUCGGUAUACGGCGGCAUGCGAAACUAAUGGCGAUCAUGUUGAGAUGAUUAGCCAGGCUAACAUCAGGUCAAUGCUCUCCCCACUCUUCCGUGAGUGGUCUGCAACAAUUGGACAAGGAAGGAUUCCCCAAAAUAUCUACUAUUUCCGCGAUGGAGUAUCGGAUGGUGAAUUCCAGCAGGUCCUGCAGCAGGAAAUACCAUUUAUCAAGUCCCUCUUGAAGGAAUUCAAUAAGGGUGUGGAAUGGGGUGGGAAGGUGACUGUUGUGGUGGCCUCAAAACGCCACCAUAUUCGAGCUUUUCCUCAACCAGGGGAUAGAAAUGCCGCAGAUAAGAAUGGUAACGCUCUGCCAGGGACCUUGAUCGAGAGGGACGUGACGAGUCCUCAUGGAUGGGAUUUCUUUUUGUGGUCACAUAUUGCUUUGCAGGGCACCUCCCGUCCCGUCCACUAUCAUGUCCUUGUGGAUGAGAUGAACCACGGGCCGAAAGAUUUGGAGAAUAUGAUAUACGAGCAUUGUUACCAAUACAUGCGAUCGACUACUUCUGUAUCGCUCUUCCCCGCGGUGUAUUAUGCCCAUUUAGCAUCUAACCGGGCUCGUGCCCAUGAAAAUAUCCCUGCAAGUUCGGGUCCCCGCUCUGGGCCUCAGGUCAAACAGGGCCAAAACCCACCCCCUGCGGAGCCUCCAAGAUCCGAAGGAAGGCAGCUGCUUCCGAUCGGCGAGGGAGAUCGUUUGGCACUAAAGAUGUGGUAUAUCUGA